CUCGCGCCGUUCCUCGGCCCUCAUGGCUCCUGCCCGCAGGAAGGCGGCCGCGGGCGCGCGCGGCAGGAAGCUGAGCGCCUUCCUGAAGGACUUCGACCGGGAGGUGAGGAGCCGGGUCGAGCAGCUGCGGGCGAACGGGGAGCGCCUGGUCAAGGAGGUGGAGAACCUGUACGACGUGGAGCUCCUCCGGCUGCCCGUGGCGCUCCGCGAGAUGAACUGGCUGCAGUUCUUCGCUGAAGGGGGAAGCCGGAAGGUCCUGGAGGAGGCGGUGACGGCAGACUUGGGAAUAACAGAAAUAAACAAGCUGACAGCAGAAUUUAUCCAGACUCCUCUGAAAAUCGUCACGAAAGAAAAAUCUAAACAGGGUAUUGAAGCUACUGAAGAAGCAGCAGAGGUUCCUUUGCUUCCUCCAGCAAAGAAAGCGAAACACGAUGUCCAGCUUCUUCUGGAGCAAGCAGCUGCAGGUACUAAUCCCAGAAACGGAAAGGUGAGGACGUCCACUAAAAAAGCACCAGCGUCCAGGAGCAGAAGAGCUCCUUCAGCAAGAGUGAAACGCAUGAGUCAAAGCAGAUCAAGCAAAAGCAGCUUUAUCACUCCAGCUACUGGCAGAAAUCUCGAUCUCUGUGCUCGAGGAGGCGCCUCCAUCAUCACACCCAGGUUUGAUUCCAGAGUUUUCAAGACGCCGGGUUUGCGCACACCCACAGUAAAUGAACGUGUUUACACCAUCUCUGCUAACGGCAGCCCCCUUGCUGAUGGCAAUGAUGUCUUCAUUACCGUUCCUGUUGGAGGAGGGGAGAGCAUUCGUUUAACAGCAAGUGAUCUGACCAAGAAGAAUCUUCUUCAUCUCAAUCCAGAGGCACGAGGCAUUAUGAAGAAGCUGUCUGUUCGUCUUGCACAAGCCUGUAGCAGUGCAAAAACCUACAGGUGAAGAGCAACGAAUGUCAACACCUUUUGUACACGUGGAACUACUAUAAGCUACAAGUACAUUUUGUUUGGUGUCUUGUAAUUCUGUGAGCAUUCACUUAAAGAAAACGAAAUAAAAAGAAAACAAACAGCAAAGCAGUUAAAA